AUGCUCGAAGCGUACCUCACCGUCGGGGCCGUCGCGCUCGUCGUCGGCCUGCUGCUCGGUACGCAGGCGCUCACCAUCCCGGCCCUCGAGCCGCUCGUAGCGUGGUUCUCCUCCUCCUCCGACGGGCGCUUCAGCUUGAGUCUCCGGCCGCCAGCGACCGACAAGAAGGGCGACGCCAAGGAUGCCGACGCCAACGCCCCGCGCAUGUCAGUCCCUGGUCUCACCGUGCCGGGCGAUACCGUCCUCGCCGUGUCGGCUGCGCGCGCAGCAUUCUCCGCCUACGCCAAGGUGCUCGUCGACGAGCUCGAGCGCAUCGACGUGCUCGAGGCCGUGCGGCGCGUGCCGUCGUCGCCCUCCUCGCACAGCAUCAGCGAGUUCGGGCAGCAGCAGCAGCGCUCGUCGCCGCCCAACAGCAGCGGCAGCGGGGGCAGACCGCGCUCCGUCGCGAGCCGGUCAAGCAGCGCCUCGUCGCGGGUGCGCUUCGCGCCGUCCGAGAUUGACGCUGCGCGCGCCGCACAGCGCACGCGCCGCCGCGAAGAGCUGGUCGAGAGCAUCAGCGACGCGCUCGGCGUGUACCGCGGCCUGCUGGCCCUGUGCGCCGACGCCGACGAGCCCGACCCCGACGUCGUGGUCUCGAUCCAGACGGGCGCAGGGAGCGGCGAGUACCGCAUCGACGUGCGCCCCGCCAGUGUGCCGGGCACGCCGACGCCCGAGGGCGGCGGUGGCGCCGAGGGGUAG